UUCGUACACUCAAUGUUUACAUUCCGAUUGCUAAAUCAUUAAUACACGGUGGAUUUUCUUGAAACAAACCAAACAAAAUUCCCCCAAGACACAACCUAUUUCAUAAUCUUCCUAAGCAAUAUGAUCGAGCGGAUCCAUUCGGCGGAAGAGCUCGAAGUCUGCGAAGAAGUGGGACGUGGAGGGUUUGGAGUUGUGUACCGAGGGCUUAUUAAAGCAAACAAUAACGAAGUAGCCAUCAAACAGAUCGAUUUGGAAAGCAACAACACAGAUCUCUUUGAAAUUAACAAGGAGAUACAAAUUAUAUCCGAAUGCCGACUUCCACAAAUUACGCAGUAUUUUGGCUGCUUUGUAAAACACUAUAAGCUCUGGGUGAUAAUGGAGUAUGUGAAUGGAGGCUCUCUAUUUGAGCUACUCAAACCUGGCCCCGCAGAAGAUGAACGUGUUAUUUCCAUCAUUAUACGAGAAAUCUUGCUAGCAUUGGAGUAUUUACACAACCAGGGGAAAAUUCAUCGGGAUUUAAAGUCCCAGAAUAUUCUCUUGAGUAAGCUGGGCCAAGUAAAGCUAACUGAUUUUGGAGUUUCAACUCAGUUGUCGUCCAACUUCUCUCGCAGAAACACAACCGUAGGUACGCCCUACUGGAUGGCGCCAGAAGUGAUCGUGAACAACAACGGUGGACACAGCUUCAAGGCCGAUAUCUGGCUGUUGGGCUGUUGUGCGUACGAGAUAUUCAACGGGAAGCCUCCUUUGCAGAACCAGUACCCACCUAUGAAGGCAUUGGGGCAAAUAGGAAGAUGCCACAAGGACACUGACUUUGUAGGUUUAAUUGAGUUGGACAAAAUGAACAUAUCGAAUCAUUUCAAGGACUUUCUCAGUAAAUGUUUUAUCGUUGAUCCUAGAGAUAGGUACCUGGCUACAAAGCUCUUGAACCAUAAGUUCAUUACCAAGUAUGCCAAUCUUCCAGAAAAGUCCAAAUUGCUCAAGAAACUCAUCACCAACAAACACUUGUGGGACCAAGAAAAUCAUGUAGACAGAAGCCACAAUUUCUACGUACCUACAGAAAUUGCACGCAACCAAAUGAAAUGGUCUCAGGAAGACGACGAUUCAAAGAACACUGCUAAGACGAUUCAUUUUGAUCUUAGUCUGAUCAAGCAGUCUUCACCAACAAGAAUUGCAUAUCCCGUGAGUCCUGCUUCUUCCAAGAGAUCGUCGACACGAGAGUCACUGAUUUCUCCUCCAGCUUCUACUGUUGGUGAUGAUGAGCAAAAGCCCAAUUUAAUUCUAGCCGACUAUCGCCAAAACAGUAAAAUUGUAUCUAAGGAGGAUACGUUUGCCAACAACUUGCGUCCAGAUUUCAGCAGAAUCUUGAACAAGGUGUUCCACAAGUUGGAAUCCAAGAAUACGUUGACCACCGAGCAAUACGACCAUCUUGUUUCGCUCAACAGCCGUCUUCUCGAUUUGCUCUGCUUCUCUCAGUACCUGGAAUCAUACGACUCCAACAAUAGGAAGAUUCUUGUGUUCCAGUACUUGAAAUAUUUCUUGAAGGAAUUGGCAAAGAGUGGAGAUACCAACAGCAGCAAUACUAAAACAAUUCUCCAGAGACUUAUAAUCCCUUCGACUUUCACGGUUCUGAGCCAGUCAAAUGUUGCUGAUUCGGAGUUUGUGACCAUGGAACGAAAUUCCAGGACGUAUUCGCAGUUUGACGAGAUUGAGAGUAGUCUUCUUGAGUCUUGGAUUGACCAAAUGAAUGAACGGUGGAGCUAGUGACACGAUUUAUGACUAUUUAUUCUGACGAAUAAUGACUUGUGUAGACAAAACAAAAGAUUACUAAGUAGUACAAGUAUGUAUACUACCUAAACAAUAGAACGAUUAAUACAAAGUUACGGAUAACAGUGCUAUCUGAAAUUGCUUUCUAAGUACUAUUAAUCGGUACAGUAACGGCAAAUACUAAUGAAUAUGUUUCCUCAUU